ACUCAAUCAGGGAGCUAAACAUACACAUACAAACAUAGCUACAGUGUGUGUGUGAGUGUGUUUCUUGCUGAAGAAGCAAUGAAGACGCUGUACUUCUUUCUGCUCACGCUGUGCGGUGUUCUCACUCAGGACAGAGAAUUUGGUGUGAAAUAUCCUGAUAAACCGAUCUGUGCUGUGAGAAGAUUCAGUGUCUCCAUUCCCUGUAGUUAUUCUUAUCCACAAAAACAUCAGGUGGAACAAAAGCUUUGGUGCUCGAUGAACUCAAACACAGAUGUGUGUCUAAACCCACCGUAUGUUUAUAACAGCUCAUCAAACACCAAGUCAGACUUUGAGUUCACUGGAGACGACAAAUCAGACUGCACUUUGUUAAUCCACAAUGUACAGUUCAGUUAUUCUGGAGAGUACAGAUUCAGAUUUAUAACUAAUGGGGACAGAUUCACAGGUAAACCUGGAGUGACUCUACAAGUUACAGAUUUAAAGGUGUCACUAAUCAGGCUCAGUGGAAACGGAACCCUUAAACAAGGAGACUCGUUAAAUCUGAGGUGUGAUGUGAACUGUACACACACUUCCUCACAGUUUGUGUGGUCUAAGAUGAACCAGAGCUUAAAUACAUCAGGACCUGUUCUUCACUUUCCUGCUGUAACCGUGAGGGAUUCUGGGAAAUACACCUGCACUUGGAAAACCAACAAGACGUCAGGAUCUGAAACCUACGAACUUCUCGUCGAGGGUGAUGGUUUAGAUCAGUGGGCAAUCUGGAGCAUUAUUUUGGUGAUUAUCUUGAUUUUGGUGAUCGUGGCAGCUGUAAUUUACUACAGGAAGAGAGUAGAAGCUCAGGAAAAAAACAGUGGGAAUGGUGCAGAGAAAGCAAAGGAUGCAGAAAACACACACGAUAAACAGUCAAAGCCACAGCUAAGCUCUGUUCCUCCACUGGAUGUUGAAACGUUGCACGAGGAGGAAGUGACUUACGCGACUGUGUGUGUCAAAGACAAGAAACCAGCGCAAGGGCGUGACUACACUGGGAAACAGAAGGAGGAUGACAGUGUUUUCACUCAGAUCAACAUUUUCAGUGUGAAAUAUCCUGAUAAACUGAUCUGUGCUGUGAGAGGAUUCAGUGUCUCCAUUCCCUGUAGUUAUUCUUAUCCACAAGAUCAUCAUGUGGUACAAAAGCUUUGGUGCUCGAUGAACUCAAACACAGAUAUGUGUGUAAACCCACCGUAUGUUUAUAACAGCUCAUCAAACACCAAGUCAGACUUUGAGUUCACUGGAGACGACAAAUCAGACUGCACUUUGUUAAUCCACAAUGUACAGUUCAGUUAUUCUGGAGAGUACAGAUUCAGAUUUAUAACUAAUGUGGACAAAGGCAAAUGCACAGGUCUUCCUGGAGUGACUCUACAAGUUACAGAUUUAAAGGUGUCACUAAUCAGGCUCAGUGGAAACGGAACCCUUAAACAAGGAGACUCGUUAAAUCUGAGGUGUGAUGUGAACUGUACACACACUUCCUCACAGUUUGUGUGGUCUAAGAACAACCAGAGCUUAAAUACAUCAGGACCUGUUCUUCACUUUCCUGCUGUAACCGUGAGGGAUUCUGGGAAUUACACCUGCACUUGGAAAACCGGCGAGACGUCAGGAUCUGAAACCAUCAGCCUUCACGUCGAGGGUGAUGUAGGUGAUGCAGCGCAGUGGAAAAUCUGGAUCAUUGUUUUGGUGACAGCUGGUGUGAUUUUGAUCGCUUUAGUGACUGGAGCUGUGAUUUACAACAGAAGGUUUGUCCAUGCCAAGCAACAGAUGGAGGACGAUUCUACCAUCUACGCUAACAUACCACAGAACAAGGGCGCUUGUGUUAGCUUUGCUAAUGUACAACAGCAGCAGAAAGGUUUUGCUAUCUAUGCUAAUGUACGAUAACAUGUUUAUUCAUCCUUUUCUAUUGUUGGUGAAUUUCCAAUGUGAGCUGAAAAAAUCAGUUCUGCAUUUGUGCUAAAUGCAUUAAUGUCAUUAAAUAAUAAAAAACUAGACACAAACAACAAUCUGUGGGGUCCAAGCACUCAGAAAUGUCUGGUGGCUUCAUGAUGACCAUGUGUAUAUAUAUUUAUUUAUUUUAAAAAUUAAAAAUGUACUUCCAGAAAAACAUA